ACCCCAUAUCCCAAAAUAAUCAUACACAAAAAUUAUAACCAAGAAAAAGAUAGAUUUUCAUGGAUUUACAAGGUAUUACUAGUUUGAGGGUAUUAAUGUUUCCAUGGUUAGCAUAUGGUCAUAUAUCUCCAUACUUAAACAUAGCCAAAAAACUUAUAGACAAGGAUUUUUACAUCUACCUUUGUUCUACACCUAUAAAUCUUAAUCUUAUCAAGCAAAAAAUCCCUCAAAAUUACUCUCUUUCAAUUGAUCUUGUUGAACUUCAUCUACCAAAAUUACCUGAACUUCCUCCUAUUUACCAUACAACUAAUGGCCUCCCACCACAUCUCAUCUCCGCUCUCAGGAUCGCAUUUAACAUGUCAAAACCCGAAUUUUCAAAAAUAUUACAAAAAAUUAAACCCGAUUUAUUAAUCUAUGAUAUGUUACCACCUUGGGCAGAAGAAGUUGCUACCCUUUCACAUAACGUUCCAGCAGUAAUGCUCUUGACUUCUGGUGCAGCUGCAUUUUCACAUGUUUUGCAUUCACACAAAAAUUCAUCCAUUGAAUUUCCAUUUCCAGCUCUUUAUUUGAGUAAAAUUGAGCAACAACAAUUCCAAGUUAUUAUGGAACAAGCUACUAAAGAGAAAGAUCAUGAAGAUAAGCUCCUCCAUCCUUUACUAGCUGAAAUAGGAAACUCGAAAAGAAUCAUUUUGAUGAGUACAUCAAAGGCAAUCGAGGCUAAAUAUAUCGAUUAUAUAACCGAAUUAUCACAUUGGAAAGUUGUUCCUACUGGCUAUCCAAUCCAAGAUCAUGAUCCUAUGAAUAUUCAAGAUGAUGAUGAUGAUCUUAUCGAUUGGCUAGGAACGAAAAAUGAGCGUUCGACUGUAUUUGUUUCCUUUGGAAGUGAGUAUUUAUUGAGUAAGGAAGAUUUUGAAGAGAUAGCAUUUGGUUUAGAACUUAGCCAAGUUAAUUUUAUAUGGGUUGUAAGGUUUCACAAGGAGGAGGAAGCUAUACUCGAGCGCGUAUUACCUAAAGAUUUUCUUGAAAAAAUUGGAGAUAGAGGUAAGGUUGUGGAUGGUUGGGUACCACAACAAAGAAUUCUUAACCAUUCGAGUAUCGGAGGAUUUGUAAGUCAUUGUGGUUGGAAUUCUGUAAUGGAAAGUAUAGAGUUUAGUGUUCCUAUUAUAGCAAUGCCAAUGCAUAUUGAUCAACCUAUAAAUGCUAGGUUGAUGGUUGAACUUGGCGCGGCGGUGGAGAUAGUGAAAGAUGAGGAAGGAAAGAUUGGUAGACAAGAGGUAGCACAAGUUAUUAGAGGUGUUAUUUGUGAGAAAAAUGGGGAAAGUUUGAGGAAGAAAGUUAGACAUAUUAGUGAGAAUUUUAAGUCUGUAAGAGGAGAAGAGAUGGAUGCUGCAGUUGAAGUGAUCAUAAAGAUUUGCAAGAAUAGCCAAAGUGUCAAAAAUGUAACAUGAUGUUGUAAUUCAUAAACAGAUCAUGUUGUGUUUCUGAUUGCUUUUAAAAAAAUAAUAGGGUGGGAAGAGUAUGUUGGUUCCGAGUUUGUUGUUAGUUGCAUAACUUAAUUAAAUCAGGUGACAUGUUUUUCAAACUCUGUCCAUUUGUUCUUCUAGUAGGUUUAAAUGGAUCAUGUUAGACUGCUUACGUCACACACCUUUAGGGGUGCGACCCUUCCCCCGAUCCAGCGUGAAGGCGGGAUACUUUAUGUACCGAGCUACUAUAAUUUUAGUAAAUUAACUAUCUU